UGCUGGGAAUUGUAGUUCCAUCUGGAUUUAGGGUUUCGGGUGUGGAGGCUCCAAAACCCAAGGUUUGACCUCAAUCUACCCUUUCCCGAGCUGUAGAUGAGCCGUUAUUGGCUGCCGUUAAGGACCGUUGCUAUUCCUGGGCUUAGUGGCUACAGAACUAAUCCCUGACUGGGGUGAGGACUCUUUCAUCUCCUACUAGACUAACUACUCUGGUGGUGCUGAUGCCGGGGGGCUGUGAACAGGCAUCUGGUUCUUCUGCAAGUCCUCUGGUUGACCAUCGAAGUCAGCUAUACAGAUCCUUCUCCUGUGAUUCUGCCUCUCCUGCUUCCUUAGUCUCCCUGCCUCUCUCUAAGGACGAUGUUUCUGGUGGGUCUGACAGGAGGCAUUGCCUCAGGGAAGAGCUCAGUGAUCCAGGUGUUCCAGCAGCUGGGAUGUGCAGUGAUUGAUGUUGAUGUCAUCGCCCGGCAUGUUGUCCAGCCAGGAUACCCUGCCCACCGGCGCAUUGUGGAGGCAUUCGGCACCGAGGUCUUGCUGGAGAAUGGUGACAUCAACCGCAAGGUCCUGGGGGACUUGAUCUUUAACCAACCUGACAGGCGGCAUCUACUCAACAAGAUCACCCACCCCGAGAUCCAAAAGGAGAUGAUGAAGGAGACUUUCAAGUACUUCCUCCGGGGAUACCGCUAUGUAAUUCUGGAUAUUCCUCUGCUUUUUGAGACCAAGAAGCUGCUCAAGUACAUGAAGCACACAGUUGUGGUGUACUGUGACAGAGACACACAGCUGGCACGGCUGAUGAAACGGAACAACCUGAGCCGUGAGGAUGCAGAGGCCCGGAUCAAUGCCCAGCUGCCCCUGAAGGAGAAAGCCCGCAUGGCCCGACAUGUUCUAGACAACUCGGGCGAGUGGAGUAUCACCAAACGCCAAGUCAUCCUCCUGCAUGCUGAGCUGGAGCGCUCACUGGAAUACCUGCCACUGAGGCUUGGGGUUCUCACGGGUCUGGCUGGCAUUCUUAGCUUACUUUACCUGCUCACUCGGUAUCUCCUGCCUUCCCCUUAGUGGGCUUUCCCAGGCAGGAAAGCCCAGGCUAACUUCUCAGUACACACCCCCCACACUGACUGUGCUGUUGUGUUGUACUGGGCCUUCCCUUCUUUGGAGGAUAUACCAUGUGUGGCAGAGAAACAGCCUUCCAUCAGCAAUUCUCUUUCCCUUUCUAGAACCACCCACAGAACAUUAUCCACGGUGGGGCAGGAAAGUAACAGCAAGGGCAGGGUAGAUAGCAUAAUGGUUAUGCUAAGAGACUCAUUCCUGAGGCUCCAAAGUCCCAGGCUCAGUCUUUCACUCCACCAUAAAAAGCUGAUCAGUGCUCUCAUAAAAAAAGAAAGAGGGGGUUAAGGAAUACUGUCUGUGCCUGUCACAGUAUCUAAAACUGGGAGGCAGCCUUGGCUUGCACCUUCUCUGAGCACAUGCCUCCUCAUGGCCAAAAUCUUCAUGAGUCAUGGGAAAUUAUGGAUCAAAGCUGCCACCUUCACACCAGAUUCCCCCUGGGUUGAAGCACUGGGCCAGGGUGCAGGGAAGACAUGUUGUAGGUAAUGCUUUGAUGAGCAAAGGCUGGCCUCAUGCAGAUGACCCCCUGCCUCUCCUUGCAUUUCUCCAGCUCUCUUCAUGCCCUGCUUGCCACCUCCCACCUCUCUACUAGCUCCCACUCCUACUCCUACCCCUGAACUCUUAGCAUGGACUACCAGACUGUUUCUUGUCUCUGUGCCUUUGCCUGUGCUAUGUCCCCACCUGGAAUACCUUUUAUUCCCUUUUCCCAACUGGCUAAUUCCCAGUUCAUGUACCAUCAGAAGCCCCUGGCUCAGUUAGGUGCUCUGGGCAACCACCCUGCCCACGUUGUAAUAUACACUACACUAACUAGCCAGAGGCUGCUUCGUCCCUCCUAGACUGUCAACUCUGUGAGGGCUGGGACUGUGUUUUGUUCAUCUUUUGGCCCUGGUGCCUUUGGUGCUUAAUAAAAAAGUGUGUGGAUCUGAA